AACAUGUGAUGCAAUGAAAUACAGACUUGAGUUGACUUAACAUCAAAGCAAUGAUUUGUUUUGAGCCAAACAUAUGACUCACCAUUAGUUGAGAUCAACUCUUGGUUUAAGAUUUUAUCGCUUUUAUGAUUGCAUUUUUACCAAUUGGUUGACAAUGUCUUCAGAUGAGGAAUUCGAGAGUGCAGACGAAGAGUUUGAUUGUGACAUAAGUAAGACUAACGUUAGAAAAGGUGAUCCGCAACUGACACCAAUUGAUAAACCGAUGAUCGAUAAGAUACCACAAAUUAGUGAGAUCAAUCACAAUAUAAAUGAAAACUUAGAAGAUCUACAAGACUUGUGUCAACAAUCUGUAACCUCUUCUGCCAAAAGUCAAGAAAACAAAUUAAGUGAUGGUUUGGAAAAAUGUAAGACUAAUGAUAGUCUACUCAUUUCAGAAGCAACCAAAAGUGAUCUAAAGAGUGAAACAAUUGAAUCUAAAGACAAAGUGGUUAUAAAAGGACGAAAAGUUAACCGAAAAACAAAUAUUUCAAUACAAAAGACAAAAGUUGAAGAAAUUACUUUAAAUGACCAAACAUUAAGUGAUUCAUCAAUUGAAGAGAUUGGGGAUCAGUCUAAUGAUAGUAUAUCUAAAAUUGAUAUAAAAGAAGACAAGACUGAGGGAUGGGAUAUAAAUGAAGAUAUAUUAGAAGUGGUAGAAACUGAAGAAACGCAACAAAUUAUUGAAGAAAAUAAUGAUUUCAUAACAAACGUGAAGACAAUUGAAUCAGACGUCAGAGAAAUUGAGAAGAAUGAGAACGAAGAAACAACAGAAUUGUUGACAUCAGAAACAAUUAAAAGCGAAGUCAAAGAAAAGUAUAUUAAAGAUGAAAAUGAAAAAACAAUUGAAGAAAAUGAAUACAGAGAUAAAACAAAUAUAAUAAAAGGUAGAAAACUAUUGCGAAAAGCAGAAAGACUUCAAACGGAUCAGACAAAUGAUAAUGAAUCAGAAAUUUCAGAAGACAAAAAGGCUGAAGUACUAAAUAAAUUAUCUGAUCUAAAAGUGACAAACAAAUGGGAUAAUUGGUUCAGUGAUAUCAAAUCGGCCGCAAAGACUGCCACAUCUACGACAGUUAGUCACGUGAGUAAGGCAUCAAACAGCUGGUCAUUUGAUUCAAACAGUUUACUAUCGAGUGCCGCAUCAAUCACAUCACAAGUAGGGAGUGGACUCACUUCUAUUGUUGAUAACGUGACAUCGGUUGUGGACACAGCUAUAGGCGCGCCGACACCCGAGCAAUUGGCAGCAAUGGUUGAAAACGAAGCAAAAGGAGAGAAUAAAUGCAAUCAAUUAGAUAUAUCUUCCAAACCUCAACACAAACCAGCAAAUGAAAACUCAAAUCAAGGAUUCGGAUUAUUUGGCUUUAGUUUUGGGCAAAAAGUUUCAGAUAUUGUACCCGAAGACAGCAAUAAAUAUGAUAAAAGAAAAUCAAAAAAUGAUUGAUUUUUAAUGAAUUAUUAUAAUACUGUAAAUGUUUGGUACAUUUCUUAAA